UGAUGGUGAUGCUGAUGCACACAUCCUAUUACGUCUCUCAAUCUUUUUCCUCAUUGCUUUGAUUAUUAUAUUUGUUUCUUUAAUUUAAUUACGUACCAAUAUUAUUUUAUAUCCCAUGCAUAAGUUCAUUCUUUUUUGCUUAACUUUUCCAAUUUAAAUAAUUUCUUUCCAGGGAAAGUUAAUAAAAACCCACCCUCAAAAAUAAUGCAUGUAGAGCGGCGUACUAUGUUGGUUUUAAAGCAGUGAUUCACUAAAAUAAUCAGGAGUGGUGAAGAAAGAAGAAUGGUUGCUGCUAGCUAGCUAGUAAGUUUGCUGUGGAAAUGAUGAAGAAGAGGGCCACAGGUGGGCGCAGGCUAAGCACGUGGGCAUCUCCUUUCUUUCAUUGCCUGCACGCUGCCAUGGUGGCUUAAUCACCAAAAACAUCAAUCCCCAAGACAAAAAGAAAAAAAAAAAAAAAAAGACCCCCAAAAAAAAAAAAAAAAAAAAAAAAAAAAGAACAGCCACCAGGAAAUGAUUGGCAGUUACUUGUGAUCAGUACGAGAAACAACCUUAAUAAUUUUCAGGUUCUUGAUUUUUCCUUAUCCUUCGAUGAGAGUUCUGCUGUCUUUUUCUGCUACAACUUAGAAGGUUUCUUCAAAAGGUAUAUGGUAGAUUGAAUUUCUGUUUUCGUUUUCGGAUUCGUCAAGAUUAGAGGAAAUCGAGCUGACGAGGAGUGUACUAGUGGUGGACAGGUUCCAACAGUGAAGAAGUUAUCGUUUUCGUUGUCUGAAUUUGAAAUGGUGUUUCACUUCUGGUGAAUUCCACAGUUCAGUACAACGGUUUCAGAAAUGAAGUUUAUGAAACUUGGAUCUCGGCCCGAUACUUUCUACACCACCGAGGCUGUCAGGUCUGUGUCAUCAGAGGUUUCAAGUGAUCUUAUCAUUCAAGUGAAAGGAAGCAGAUAUUUACUCCACAAGUUUCCUCUGCUAUCCAAGUGCCUGCGCCUUCAGAAGCUAUGUUCAGAAACCUCUGAAUCCUCCCAACCCCAGUUAGUCCAACUCCAUGAUUUCCCUGGUGGCGUUGAGGCGUUUGAACUCUGUGCUAAGUUCUGCUACGGCAUCACAAUUACUCUCAGCGCCUACAACAUCGUAUCAAUCAGAUGUGCAGCAGAAUACCUCCAAAUGACCGAAGAAGCCGAGAAGGGCAACUUAAUCUACAAGCUAGAAGUCUUCUUCAAUUCUUGUAUCCUUCAUGGAUGGAGGGACGUAAUUGUGACUUUACAGAGCACCAAAGCUUUCCCUUUAUGGUCCGAGGAUCUUGGGAUCACCGGCAGGUGUAUUGAAGCUCUUGCUUCAAAGGUGCUAUCUCAUCCCUCGAAGGUGAGCUUGUCACACAGUUACUCUAGAAGAGGGGGAGACGACGUGUCGUGCAACGGGUCAGAGAGCCACCGUCAUAAGCCCACCACGAAUAAAGGCUGGUGGGGAGAAGAUUUAGCAGAAUUGGGAAUUGAUCUUUAUUGGAGGACAAUGAUAGCAAUAAAAUCUGGUGGAAAGGUACCGACAAAUCUCAUAGGUGAUGCAUUGCGAAUUUACGCAUCCCAGUGGCUGCCCAACAUAUCAAAGUACAUUGAGAAGCAAGACGAAUCUGACAGUGAACUUGGGGAGGUGACAACAAGGCAUAGGCUGAUGCUGGAGUCAAUUGUUAGCUUAUUACCAGCAGAGAGAGGUUCAGUUUCUUGCAGUUUUCUGCUGAAAUUACUCAAGGCAGCUAAUAUACUAAAAGCUUCUUCGUCAACAAAGACGGAAUUGGCAAGAAGAAUUGGGCUUCAGUUGGAGGAAGCCACAGUGGGUGACUUGUUAGUGCCUUUUCUGUCAUCCACAAAUGGGAUGAUAUAUGAUGUCGAUGUUGUAAUGACUAUAUUAGAGGAGUUCAUGUUACAGGGGCAGAGCCCUCCUACAAGCCCUCCGAGAAACAAGGGGAAAUUCGAAAGGCAAAGAUCUCGGUCAGCGGAAAACAUUGACUUGGAGUUUCAAGAGAGAAGGAGAUCAUCUUCUGCAUCACAUAGCUGCAAACUCAAGGUGGCAAAGCUUGUGGAUGCAUAUCUGCAAGAGAUAGCCAAGGACAAGAAUUUGCCUUUGUCAAAGUUCAUUGCCAUUGCAGAAGCCAUUCCAGAAUUCUCCAGGCUAGACCACGACGAUCUCUACAAGGCUAUCGACAUUUACCUAAAGGGACAUCUGGAGCUCAAUAAGAGUGAGCGCAAACGCCUAUGCCGAAUCCUAGACUGCAAAAAGCUGUCCGUCGAAGCCUGCAUGCACGCUGCACAAAACGAGAUGCUCCCACUAAGAGUAGUAGUUCAAGUUCUCUUCUUUGAGCAAGCUCGGGCUGCAAUGGCCGGUGGCGGCCAAGCAGCUGAGUUGCCAAGCAACAUUAAGGCUCUAUUAGCAGGACAUAAGACUCAAUCAAAGGCUACAGCCUCUACCAUCCCAUCGCAAGACCAGUGGAGUCUUUCAGGCUUGAAGUCACCAAAGUCUAAUCUUUCCACCCUGAAAAUGAAGCUGGCUGAAGACGAUGGCUUAGACGAUAAUUUCCAGGAUGAAACUCAAAAAUCCUCAACCAAAACCAAGUCCGUAAGCAUGAUUCCCAACAGACCUAAAAGAAUGUUCAGCAAGCUCUGGCCUAUCAAUAGAAGUGCAAGUGAAAAGAACUGAGAAAGUCUUUUUGUUCAAAAUUUCGGGUUGGGGUGGUUAUUUGUAUCAGGGUAAAUAAUACUCUGCCUUCAUUUUAUUUUAUUUUUUUCUACUUUAUCCUAAUUCUUGUGGAACUACUUGUAAUAAUUAGGAAAAGAAAAUCCCUUAUGAUAUACUGGUGUAACCUAUGCUAAUGAAAAUAAGGAAACAGAUAUAUUGACACAGGA